GUCUCAAACACCGAGUGUUUGAGUGUUCCUUGGCUGACCUUCAGGCUGAUGAGGAUCAGUCCUACAGGAAGAUCCGUCUUAGAGCAGAGGAUAUCUAAGGAAGGAAUGUCCUCACAAACUUUUGGGGAAUGGAUUUUACAACUGACAAAUUAAGAUCGCUGGUCCAUAACUGGCAAACCUUGAUCGAGGCGCAUGUAGAUGUGAAGACGAUAGACAACUACACCCUGAGAAUGUUUGCAUUGGAUUCACCAAGAGGCGCCCUAACCAAGUUAAGUGAACCUGUUAUGCCCAGUCAAGCCAAAUCAGACAGAUUUGCAAAAAAAAAUGAGGGAAAUCAUGGUUAACCAGGCAACGUCCUGUGAUCUCAAGGAGUUAGUGCAGAAGUUCAUCCCUGAGGUGAUUGGAAAGGGGAUCAAGAAGGCAACAUCCAGCAUCUAUCCUCUGCAAAAUGUCUUCAUUCGGAAAGUCAACAUCCUUAAAGCCCCAAAAUUUGAUCUUGGCAAGCUGAUGGAGGUUCAUGGUGACUACUCGGAAGAUGUCGGAGUGAAAUUGGAGGGGCCAGCAGAUGAACCAAUUGCAGAGGCGAAAGCUGAAGUUGUUGGCGCUUAACGUUUAGUAUUUUCAUUUUCCCUUUUUAUCUUCAAUUUUCAUGGAAUGUUUGAGGAUUUUGUUUUAGUGGAUGGGGAAUUUUGAGAGAUG